CUCACCACAGGCACUGAUGACAGUCCUCCGUGGGGCUGGAUCGUGAGUAUGCGGAACUCCCUCGCAGAGACCGACGACGAUGUUGAAGGGGAUGUUGUGAAGGCAGGUUGCAUCUGACCGAGCCACCCGAUCACCGAGAGGAGGCGGAUACACACACACACACACACACGCACCUCGCAUCAUUAAUAAUGCCGCUGCCAGACGGAGCCAUCUCGCAGCCCUUCAGUCGUCCUCCCUGCCCGACGUUUUCCAAUGAUCACACCGCGGCGUGAACGACGUCCAGGCUGAAUUCAGACGCUCCACCGCCGCUCCCCCCUCUUCUCUCUAUCCCCCCCCCGAGGAGGACACCCAGCACCCAGGGCCGUCAUCGCCAGCUGUCACCGCAGCGAGCGUUAGCGGGCUAACCACGGUUCACGUAACCAGGUCCGAUCAAGUCGUUUUUCUUGGACCAACACAAUGAUGAGUAAGUUGCCGGUUUUCAACUUUAUUCUGCAACUUUCCCAGUGGUGAUGGAAAGACGCCACUGACUCAAGGGGGCACCUAAAAUCCUGGAUGCCGUGACGUACGGGACAGAGUCAAUCCAAGAUGGAGAAAAAGAAAAUGUGCCCUCGCCUUCUCGACUACUUAGUAGUGGUUGGAGCAAGGCAACCGAGUAGUGACAGUGUGGCCCAGACGCCUCAGCUCCUCCGGCGCUACCCGCUGGAGGACCACCACGACUUUCCACUCCCGCCCGAUGUGGUGUUCUUCUGCCAACCUGAGGGCUGCCUGAGCAUACGCCAGCGCAGGGUCAGCCUUCGCGACGACUCCUCGUUCGUUUUCACGCUGACCGACAAGGACUCGGGGAUCACCCGCUAUGGAAUCUGCAUCAACUUCUACCGCUCGUUUCAGCGAGGACAUCACCGCACUCGCGGGGACAAGGGCGGUCACACAGACGCGGCGGCGCAGGCAGCUGAGACCGCGAGCGAGGGGUCCGAUGGCAGCGGCGGAGGCCCGACCUCCGUGCUACCGCGACCCAACAACGCCGAGUCCACAGCUCCGGCCGCCUCCGGAGACGAGAGCGGAAAGUCGGGCGCCGAGCUGAAUGCCGGCAAAUCCCCACAGCACAGGCGAAGCGCCGCCAAGAUGGCAGCCAGGAACCGCAACAGCACGCUGACCUCGCUGUGCAUAAUCAGCCACUACCCGUUCUUCUCCACCUUCAGGGAAUGCUUGUAUAUUCUGAAGAGGCUGGUGGACUGCUGCAGUCAGAGGCUCACACAGCGGGCCGGGCUCCCUCGCGCCACCCAGAGGGACACCAUGUGGCGAGUUUUCACUGGUGCGCUGUCGGUGGAGGAGAAAGGCAGCCAGCUGCUGGCCGACCUGCGGGAGAUCGAAUCCUGGGUGUACCGGUUGCUGCGCUCACCAGUACCAGUGGCCGGUCAGAGGCGCGUGGACGUGGAGGUGUUGCCCCACGAGCUCAAGCGGCCUCUCACCUUCGCCCUGCCCGACAACUCCCGCUUCUCCAUGGUCGACUUCCCCCUGCACCUGCCCCUGGAGCUGCUGGGCGUGGACGCCUGUCUUCAGGUUCUCAGCUGUAUACUGCUCGAGCACAAGGUCAUUCUGCAAUCCAGAGACUACAACGCUUUGUCUAUGAGCGUCAUGGCCUUCGUGGCCAUGAUCUACCCUCUGGAGUACAUGUUCCCCGUCAUCCCUCUGCUGCCGACAUGCAUGGCCUCAGCUGAACAGCUCCUUCUCGCCCCCACUCCCUACAUCAUCGGCGUACCGGCGAGUUUCUUUCUCUACAAGUCCGAUUUCAAAAUACCCGACGACUUGUGGCUCGUGGACCUCGACAGCAGCAAGGUUAUUGCACCCACCAAUGCAGAGCUGCUGCCACCUCUUCCAGAGCCCGAAGCACUCGAGCUUAAGAAACAUCUGAAACAGUGUCUGGUUAGGUUGACCGUGAUCACCCAAAAGCAGAUCUUCUCCUCUGAAAAUAAGGCCUUGGCCAGUAUGAGCAUGAACACGCAGCCCAUUCUGAACCUGGAGAAGUUCCAGGAAGGGCAGGAGAUGCCCCUGCUGCCACCUGGACGGGAUAAAGCGUCGCCGUCGUCCACGGAGUUCAACCCGCUAAUUUACGGCAAUGACGUCGAUUCGGUGGAUGUAGCCACCAGGGUGGCCAUGGUGCGGUUCUUCAACUCCCCAAAUGUCCUCCAGGGGUUCCAGAUGCACACCCGCACCUUGCGCCUCUUCCCCCGGCCCGUGGUGGCUUUCCAGACGACGUCCUUCCUCGCUUCCCGGCCGCGGCGCUCGUGCUUCGCGGACAAACUCUCGCACACGCAGGCGGUGGAGUUCUACGGAGAGUGGGCCCUCAACCCCGCCAACCUGGCAUUUCAGAGGAUACACAACAAUGUGUUUGACCCCUCCUUGAUCGGAGAUAAGCCCAAGUGGUACGCCCACCAGCUACAGCCAGUGGUCUACCGAGUGUACGAUGGAAGCUCCCAGCUGGUCGAGGCCAUGGCCGGUCCCUUGGAGGAUGAGGGCAACGAAUCUGAUCCCACAGACAGCGGUAGUGACAGUGAGGCAUACGACGACUCCAGCUCAUCCUACUCCUCACUCGGGGACCUCGUGAGUGAGAUGAUCCAGGGGGACAUCCAGGGAGACACACCGAGCUUGGACCCUCCCACCCAUGCUGCACUCGGAGAUGCUAGCGAGGUCGAGUUUCAAGAUUUCCACGAGUUCCGGGAAGGCCCUGGCUCGGAGGGUCCGCCCAGUGGGGACGGACCCGCCGAGCCCUCCGAUGGACAACCCCUUCGCUCAAGCUCCAGCACAACCGCAAGCUCGAGUCCAAGCACGAUCAUCCAGGGAGUCAACAAUGAGCAGGGGGAAGCUCCUGAAAUCGAAGCGUCGGCGAGUGCUGCUUUACAGAACCCUGUCCCGGUAUUGGGCAGUCAGCCGUUCCUCAGGCCCCCGGCAGACGCUGGCCUGGCGGACACGGCCAACAAAAAGCAAGAGUACGACAACCCAUACUUUGAGCCUCAGUACGGCUUCCCCUCAGAGGAUGACCCUGAUGCAGAGGAGCAAGUGGAGUCAUACACCCCUCGAUUCAACCAGAACCUCAAUGGCAACAAGGCACAGCGUCCGCUACGUCCCAGCAGCCUGAGGCUGCCAGGAGAGUCCGAUGGGGAGGGAGACUCCCGCAACAGCUCGCCCAACUCCACCAUCUCCAACAGCAGCAACGAUGGCUUCGGAGGACUCAUGUCCUUUGCCAGCAAUCUGUACAAGAACCACGGCACCAGUUUCAGCCUGUCCAACCUCGCCCUCCCCAACAAGGCAGCGAGGGAGAAGGCGACGCCUUUCCCCAGCCUGAAAGGCGCGCGUGCACCGCGAGCACUCGUGGACCAGAAGUCUUCGGUCAUCAAGCACAGUCCGACAGUGAAAAGAGAAUCCCCGUCCCCUCAGGGUCGAGUCAACAACACGAGCGAGAACCAACAGUUCUUGAAGGAGGUGGUGCAGAGUGUUCUGGAUGGUCAGGGGGUCGGCUGGCUCAACAUGAAGAAAGUGCGGCGUCUGUUGGAGAACGAGCAGCUCCGCGUCUUCGUGCUGAGUAAGCUGAACAGAGCCAUCCAGUCGGAGGAGGACGCCAGACAGGAGAUCAUACGUGACGUGGAGGUGACCAGGAAGGUUUACAAAGGCAUGCUGGACAUCUUGAAGUGCACCGUGUCCAGUCUGGAGCACUCGUACACUAACGCAGGCCUCGGAGGGAUGGCCAGUGUCUUCAGCUUGCUGGAAAUAGCACGGACACACUAUCAAACCAAAGACCCAGAGAAACGCAAGCGAAGCCCCACAGACAGUGCCGGCAGCCCGGGGAGCAAAGAGAGUCCCUCUGGUCACAUGGAGACUGCCCGACCUCAGGGCCUCCUGAAUGUUCCCCACUUGCAGCUGCCGCACCACACGACGACGGGCAGGGGAGCCCGCCAUUUUGACACCCGGAGUCUGAACGAGGAGAACUUUAUUGCCUCGAUUGAAUUGUGGAGCAAGCACCAGGAUAAGCAAAAAGCUUUGGAAAAACCACAGAGGUCCGACGGGGCGAAGCAGCAGCGCCCCCCGGUGGCCGACGCGGAGGAGAAGAAAUCGCAGAUCAGUGCCGAUAGUGGCCUCAGUGUCACAUCUGGAUCCCAGAAGAGCGACACCGAGUCUGUCACGAGCUCGGAGCCACCAAUCCUGACGAGAACCACCAGCCAGGACUCGGAGGCCAGCACAGUGAUUAGCAAUAGCUCUGGAGAGACUCUUGGGGCGGACAGCGACCUGAGCAGCACCACAGGCGACGGCUUCGGGAGGACCGCGGCUCACUUGACUCAGUCCAGGGGGACGCUCUCCGACAGCGAGAUCGAAACCAACCCAGCUACCAGCUCCGUGUUUGGGAAGACUCACACGCUGAAACCCGGCGCGAAAGACCACGCACCUGCCGUGGCCAAGGGGCCGCCCGCACAGCCCAUGGAGGACCACAGUAUGAGGAUCUACCUGUGCGAGGGCCUGCUGGGCCGUGAUAAGAGCUCCGUUUGGGAUCAACUAGAGGAUGCUGCCAUGGAAACCUUUUCUCUAAGUAAGGAGCGAUCCACACUGUGGGACCAGCUGCAGUUCUGGGAGGACGCCUACUUGGACGCCGUGAUGCUGGAGCGCGAGGGCAUGGGGAUGGACCAGGGACCCCAGGAGAUGAUCGAAAGAUACCUGUCACUUGGGGAACACGACCGAAAGCGCCUGGAGGAUGACGAGGACCGACUUCUGGCCACACUGCUGCACAAUAUGAUCGCAUACAUGCUGAUGAUGAAAGUGACCAAAAAUGACAUCAGGAAGAAAGUGAGGCGUUUGAUGGGGAAGUCCCACAUCGGCCUCUCAUACAGCCAAGAUAUCAACGAGAUGCUGGACAAACUGGUCAACAUGAAUGGCCUCGAGUUUUCCAUCAGGCCCAGUGGAAGCCGCCACAUCAAGAAGCAAACGUUUGUUGUCCACGCUGGCACCGACACCACGGGAGACAUCUUCUUCAUGGAGGUGUGCGACGACUGCAUAGUCCUGCGCAGCAACAUCGGCACAGUGUACGAACGCUGGUGGUACGAGAAGCUCAUCAACAUGACUUACUGCCCCAAGACCAAGGUGCUGUGUCUCUGGAGACGCAACGGCCAAGAGACGCAGCUCAACAAGUUCUACACCAAAAAGUGUCGAGAACUCUACUACUGUGUGAAAGACAGUAUGGAGCGAGCUGCAGCCAGACAGCAGAGCAUUAAACCAGGGCCGGAGCUGGGCGGAGAGUUCCCCGUCCAGGACAUGAAGAGCGGCGAGGGCGGACUGCUGCAGGUCACACUGGAGGGGAUCAACCUCAAAUUCAUGCACAGCCAGGUUUUCAUAGAGCUGAGUCACAUUAAAAAGUGCAAUACAGUGAAGGGAGUCUUUGUCCUGGAGGAAUUUGUUCCUGAAACUAAAGAAGUGGUGAUCCACAAGUACAAGACGCCCAUGGCACAUCAGAUCUGCUACUCCGUCCUCUGCCUUUUCUCCUACGUGGCGGCGGUGAAGGGGAAGGAGGCCGAAGGAAAACCCAAGAUUCUCUCGCCAAGACCCCUCCCUAGCUAGUCUCCACCCCCCGCCCUUCCUCCUCCUCCGUGUGCCUCUCAGCUCUGAAAAAACCCUACAGACUUCUGACAAUCCAUAACCUAAUUCUAAGCACACGAUCCCCGUCCCACUCCUCUCCCCCCUUCAGAUUCUUAUUGUGUAGACGUGUUUGGUUUGUGAUGUCAUGUAAAUACUGCCAGCCCCCCCCCCCCCCCCCCCCCCCCAUUCGUUCUGAUGAUCGUAGCCACUAGCUCGACGUCUGCCUGCUCCUGAACUCGGGAGAAGUGUCUCCGCUCAAGCUCCUCCCUCUUCAUCUCGGCGUGAACGUGUCCCGUUGCCAAGACUCAGCCCCUCCCCACCCUCCAUCCCCCCCCGAGGCACAGAGUGCACGCAGGUCCCGUGCACUGCCUUGACAUUUACUACGGACUAGCCCCGGCCCCUCCCUCCUCCCCGUCUCGUCUCCAUUACGACUGUGACUUGUUGUGUGAUCUUGUGAUUAGUGUAAAGUUCCAGUCUGUCCAAGUUUUAACUUGAAAAAAAAAAACAAAAAUGAAAAAACCAAGAGACCCUCUCGUCGUGCAGGACGUCCCGUGCUGAACAUUCUCCUGCACCGGAGCGACGCAUGUAAGCGCUUCUUUAAAAAAAAAAAGAAAAGGUGUGUGAGCCCGUCAGUGAUGUGAGUGUUCUCUCUCUCCCCCCCGACGACGUCACUGUUCUCGUUCUGCUGUAAAACGUUCUCGUCUGUGUUCUGCUGUUAAAAUCAACCUGCAUGUUACUGUGAGGAUGACGACGACAAAAUAAAUAUUAUAUAUAUAUAUUUCUAUAUAUAGUAUUUAUUUAAUAUAUAUAUACAUAUAUUGACUGUACAAAAAUGUUACAACUGGUUCCCUUUUUUUUUUUUUGCUAGAUGUGCAAUACUUACUGAGUGGUCAGCCAUUUGCCAGAGUCAGGUUUUUCUUUUUAGAGGGAACCGACUUCCACACGGUGGAGAAUGUAAGGAAGAACUUUUUCUUUUGUUUGUUUUUUUUACGAGUACAUAUUGAUUGAUGUGAAUAUGAUGAUUCAGUGUGACAUGACAUGACAUGACUGUGUGAAGUUUGUCUUUAAAAGAAAAGGUAAAUUCAAUUCACAAACGCCGGAGGCAGAAAAACAAACUUAGUUUGCACCCAGGCCACGCCCCCAAUUUGUGAUGUCACAGCAGGUGUUGUUGUUUUUCUAAAUAGGAGGUAAUAGAUGCUGCAGUUAAACAUUGUUGUCGGAGACCAUGAUACUGAUUUUAUUGAAAUAAAAUCAUAAAUCUGGUUUCACUUGUCAACAAAAAACAGGAUCCAGGUUCUGUAAAUAGUUUUAAAGACUGAAUAAUAACUGAGGACCGUCGCUUCUAUAUUUGGUGAGAAAAAAAGUCUCAAUUGUGCAAAUCGGUUUUGUCCGGGGAAAAAAAACAACAGUCAAGAUGCUAACGUGGGAAAUUAAAGACCAGAAAUUUGGGAAAUUGAAACCACAAAAAAAAAAAACAGCUGCUUUUACAUCACUGAACAAAUGUAGAAGAAUAAAGAAAAGCCAUCCUGUGUGUGUGUGUGUGUACACGUGUACGUGCGUUCCUGUGGUGUGCAAGUUUCCUCCAGAUCAGCAAUAUAAUGGGUACAACCUUGUCACUGGAAGAGGUUUCAUUUUGAUUCUGACAUGCUUGUAUUUCUAAGUAAACUUCAGGGCGCAAAAGGAAAAAUGAGUCGGAUGUUAGUAAGAUUUCUGUUCCGUUCACGAGCCGACGCCACGUGUCGGUGGAAACUCGACCAAACUGGAUCUGAACGUGGUUUUGAGCGCUUGUUAAAACUGGAUAGUUGCAGCUCAUCUCUUGUCGUUGUUCUGGCCGGCUGCUGUAACGAGAAGAUGAACUAAAUGAGGUGUAAUGUAUUCCAGUAUCUGAGGAGCAUUUAUAGAACAUACACAGCUUUGGCAAUAUAAAUAAAGUUGUCCCAAAAUGAG